GUGUGUGUGUGUGUGCAAUAGGUGGGUCAUACCAGAAGGGACUAAUCCCUGCAUGCAGCCAAAAUUCACCUCGAACGGUGUAAACUCCUCAAGGGACUUGCCCGUAUAGUUUGUGUGCGCUUCAAUGUUUCCCUUUUCGUUUUGCACACCAGAAACGCCGACAAAAUACUGUCAACAGAUUACGGACUCGAAUUGAAUAGCCGGAAACUGACCGUAAAUUGUGGAGAGAACACUAGUCAAACCACCCCGCGGGAAGAGUCCCUUUUAUCUCUCUUUUGAGCGGAGAGGUGACGCAGAUGUACCGUAAGAAAGGCUCGCUUUGCAGGGUUUGACCGAACAAAAUUAAAACUUGCGAUUUUACAAAGCUAGCAAAGAAUUAGAACUAGGUAAAGUUAGUUUGAAAACAGCUAUGAACGAUCACGGAUAUUUCAGAUGCGAUUAUAAGUGAUCGCAUGACUUCCGCCCGCUUUUCUGAAUGUGAUGGUUGAGUAUCAGUUUAGAAUACAGAAGCGAUUGUGUCACGCUAGGCCAUACAGAUAUCAUGAUCAGUAAAAAAGAAAGAAAAAAAAAAAAAAAACAGGUAGCGACCUUGGACAGCGAAUUUUUGGCAGGAACAACCAGACUUGAAUAGAAGGUGUACGAGAAGGUGACAUUGUACUUGGCGAUUCUUUGAAAUAGAGAAUUGCAGAUUGACCCCGUUGACAGAAAUACUGUGUUGCGCAAUCAUUACGAGAGUCUUUCCUAGAAUUUUAAUUUUUGCAGGAACAACAGGAACUUGAAUAAAAGGUGUACAAGAACGUGGCAUCAUUUGCUUGGGGAUUCUUAGAAAUCGGGAGUUCCCCGAAUAACUGUACAGCGGGUGCGCUUUAUAUAAAUAUGUGCCGCUUUACGAUAAGACAAUCAGGUCAUUCAUGAAUUCGAAAGUAAUUGUGAUAUACCGGGAAACCUAUAAACGAAGUGAAAGCAAUUAAGUUACCAAGCUGUUUUGUGUCUGAUACUACGAAUACUACGAAUACAACUGGCUGAUGAUGAAGUCCGCGAUGUCCACAAAAGCAAAUAAAGGUAAUAGCAGAGGUAAGGAUGAAAUGGACGCGAUUUUAAGGCACGAAACCGAAACACGCUUCCACGAUGCACACGAGGGAAUUAUUGCUGGACUGUGGCACUUAAUCAAGGAAAGAAUGCAUGCGGGAUUAGAAGAAGAAGCCCUGUUCAAUGGCGAGUUACAGAGCAGUCGCUUUCUGUACGAAGGGUUUAAAGCCAGCAGGUUUGUAGGGAAGAUCCACUUGCAGAAUGGCGGGCAAGGGACGGGUACUAUGAUCUCCAAACGGCUCCUCCUUACUGCCUCACAUGUUUUCAAGACUUGUAAGAAGGGCGAGGUCACAUUCGAGAGAAUCGAUCCUCACAGCAGUGCUUACCAAAUGCCCAAAGAGACCAUCUUUAAGCUUGAACCAGAAAAGUUCUUUCUCGCCCAUCCGGAAGUGUCGAUCGACGUCGCUUUUGUGGCCGUGUCUGAGAGAUCCGUUGACGGCAAAUCCAGUCUGAGUGACAUCGGUUACUGUGAAAGGGCUAUCCGCUCUGAGCAGCCAGGUACCCACGUGAACAUAAUACAAUUUCCUCGGAACAGCAAGCAGAUGGUGGUUCUACGUCAAAAUCAGGUCCUAAAUUCCCACGAUAGCUACUUGCAGCUCUUCGACAAAGCCUUUGUCGAGCAUCACCGCUACAAAGUGCAUCGAUCUGCAGCUAAAAAGCGCAGCUGGUUUCAACCCCUGAAAAAGGCGAAUUGUGAAUUCAAUUUGCCGUUCUUGCGCUAUACUGCCGACACCGACGGUGGCUCUUCGGGAAGUCCUUGUUUUGACGACAUGUGGAAUUUAAUCGGCAUCCAUCAAUGCGCUCUCUCUGUUGAAAGGAAAUCUGGCGGGUUCAAGUACAUCGCUAAUGAAGGUGUCAAAAUUGGCACUAUUAUCGACUGGGUGAAGGAAGAACUUGAAAAAAAUGAACAUGAAGGAUUUCGUGAAUUAUUUGAAGGAUUUCCACUGGACUGACGAAGCAAACAUUUACAACCAUAUCCCGGCAAUCUUACAUUGUAUACCCCUUGCAAGCAAGAAUCCCUCUCAGGAUAUGCCGAUCCAUGAAAAUAUAGUUUUCAACAAUAUAUAAUGUUUGCAAGUUUAACGAUCGUCCUCACAGUAUAGUUUAGUCGCACAGAUGUUUUAUCCCGGUCU